CGCCGCACGUAGGCCAAGUGGUCAUCAACUACACGGUAUAUACACCUAAUCGAAAAGAAAGAAAAAAUGGUUCCCCGCCGCCGCGUCCUCCUCGUCCUAGCCGCGGUCUCCGCCGUGCUCCUGUCGGUGUUCGACGGAGCCGACGCCGGGCAGAGAAGCAGCAGCAGCAGCAUGGCAUCGCAGUUCCUGGCCGCGCACAACGAGGCGCGGCGCGCGGUCCGGGUGGCCCCGCUGGCGUGGGACGAGAGCCUGGCGGCGUACGCGCGCCGGUACGCCGAGGAGCGGGCGCGCACGGGGUGCGCGCUGGUGCACUCGCACGGCGGGCCGUACGCGCAGAACCUGUUCCGGGGCAGCGGGGGCCCGGGCGGGUGGAGGCCCGAGCAGGUUGUGGCGGCGUGGGUGGUUCCGGAGAAGGCCAUGUACGACGCCCGCUCCAACACCUGCCGCGGCGCGCGGGGCGCCUGCGGGCACUACACGCAGGUCGUGUGGCGCGGCACCAAGGCCGUCGGGUGCGCCAUGGCGGCUUGCGCCGGGGGCCGUGGCACGUACGCCGUCUGCGCUUAUAACCCGCCCGGCAACUACGUCGGCGUCAGGCCGUACUAGCGCGUACGUGUAGAGCUAGAGUGCUCCUACUGGCUACGACGAUCGAGGACGUACGCGCGGCGUGUGUUGAUUUGUGUUUUGCUUGAGACCUCGAGUGGAUCCGGACGGUCAUUUUUUUUCUCCCGAUAUUUGUACGGCGUAAAUUCGUUAUUCGUUUUGCUUGGUGAAUCGGAACAAGUUAAAUAAGCUGGUUUUGAUCGA